UCGGGACGGGUUCACGGCGACGAUGUCGGAUGCGGGGAGUGGGUUCGCGGAGCCCGGGUCUGACGAUGGGCCGAGGCCUGCGCCCGGGUCAGGUACCGGGGACCCCAUGACCUGGUGGUACCGCUGGCUGUGCCGGAUCGUGGGGGUACUCGGCGGAGUGUCAUGUGCAGUGGCUGGCCUUUGGAACUGUGUAACCAUCGAUCCCCUCAACAUUGCAGCUGGGGUCUGGAUGGUGCUGAAUGCGUUUGUCCUCUUCCUCUGUGAAGCUCCGUUUUGCUGCCAGUUUAUUGAGUUUGCAAAUGCUGUGUCAGCGAGGGCUGAUAAACUCCGAUAUUGGCAGAAGGCACUCUUCUACUGCGGGAUGGCGAUUUUCCCAAUAUUCCUGAGAUUUUCAAUCACUACGCUGUUUGGGAAUGCAAUUGCUUUUGCAUCAGGUGUGCUUUAUGGACUCGCAUCUCUUGGUAAAAAGUGAGUUUUCAUGGGGCGAUGCUGUUUCCUAUGCCAGGCUCCAGGACAGAAGAGCGGCCGAUGAGGAGAAACAGUCGGGAAUGCUCCAUGGCGAGUCAGCGGAACAAUAAAAAGACUGUGGUCUGUUUUCAGCUGUACAACAGUGGGCUAACAAACUGACAAAGCCUCUUCAACAUUGAUGUGUGUUUAAACUAUGCAGCAUGGGGGCGUGGAGGGAGGAGCUCCAGAGCGGGUUCCCUCUCUGCUCUCAAUAUGCAGUUGGCUGUUCAGUUAGACAGCAGCUGUCAGCUCUCUUUAAAUCUGGUUUUUGUACGUCUGUCUCAAUCAUGUCGGUUAUGUUUCGAGCUCUGGUUAAUUCCAUUACUGACUAAAUCACUCCAGUUUGGUGGGUUUUUUUAAUAUUAUCAGCGCAGCAGAUGCAAUUGGAACGAGCUUCACUUGGACAGGUUCCGCUCACAGUUGCUGGGAACCUUGCACCGUCUGCAGUGUCCAUUAUAUUACAGCGGUGAUGGGAUUCACGUCAGAGCUGCCAUCGUACUGCCACUACCUAAAGCACAAUUUAAUACGCUCUGCUCUUCCCAGUUCUUUUAUAUCUGGGAUUGAGGGGGCCGUCAUUGAAAAAUAUGCUGGGAUUACUCUCUCUACUACACCCACUCCCACUCUGCAACUGGGGGCAGUUGCACAAUAUUAUCACAGUUGGGCAGAAGUGAUUUCGUGGGAUUGUCAUUGCCUCUAGUUUGCUGGCACACAGGCUAAUGUUCUGAAUUAUGGGUUCAAAUCCAUCGUCUGAGCUAGGGGAAUUUAAAUUUGAUAAAUUGAAAGCUGUUCUCAGUGAUGAGGACCAUGACACACUCAUUGAUUGUCACAAUCAUCUGUUGUCUGGUUCGCUAAUGUCCUUCAGGGAGGGAAUUCUGCCAUCCUUACCUGGUCUGGCCUGCAUGUGACUCCAGACCCACAGCAAUGUGGUUGACUCCUAACUGCCCUUUGAAAUGACCCAGCCAGCAACAAAUGCUGGGUUGCCUGUGAUGUCCACAUCCUACAAAAGAAUAAAUAAGUUUUCAUUCAGAGACUGCCUUGUUUGCAAUCUGUAGCUUCCUCACUAUAAAUAGGAGAGGCUGGAGUUGUAUUGAGAAUCUGAAUCACCAGCUAAAAUUGAUGCUAACCCAGAUCGGCAGGGCACUUCUCCAAAGGGCAAACGUAUUCUGCCUUAUCAACACUAUAGUGCUGUGUUUUCAGUUACACUGAAUGAGAAUGGUGACUUUGUACGCUUUUCACUGUACUCCUCUGUCCUGUACUUGAGUACAAUGACAAAUUCUGUUUCUAAUCUGGAGGGGACUUUAACCAUCAGAGGGAACGAUGAAGGAAGGGCUGUGAACUGUAAAUUGAGAAAGAUUCCGGUACAGAAUUACAAUCAAGGCUCCAACACUAUCUGCUGAAAUGGUCAGCAAAUGAAUAAUUCACCCUUCAACCUGUGCUGGAUAAUUUGUUUUGGUCCUUCUGAGCAUGAGGCCGGCCCCCAGACCAGAGACAGGAUGGAGUUUAUACUGCCUGUUCUGGUUUGAGCUCUACAACUUGCCAUGCUGCUCGCAACCCCUGACAGCCAGCUCACUGUGGUACCUGAAAUUGUAUAUGCACACGUUGAGAGAGAAAUUCUUGCUGAAUCUAACAUGUGAUCUGUGGCAGCCUGAUAAGACAUCAUUUGGUAUUUCCAAUUAAAUACGAUUUAGUCUGUGAGUUGGAUUCCCAGACCAAGUUGAAGCUUCUCUUCUGUGGGGUGGGAUCACUGUGACCUUUAGAAACUCCAGGAGAUUUUCCUGCUGUUGCACUACUUAGUUAUUGGUGAAGCACCUUAGGCUGUUUGUCAAAAGCUGUGACAGCGUACAGGCUGGUGUGCUGUACCACAUCUGCCUCCGACCCCACAACUUUGGCAUGAUCUAUCUAACCGAGGAUUCCACCAGGUAGUAUAGCAUCCCUUUGCAAUGAGAUUUAUGAAUUUAGCUUCCAAUCAGGAGAUGAACAAACGUUGAUAUAUGCUGUGUUUUGAGUUAUGUGGGUUAAUUCCUCCAAGGAGCUUGGGGAUGUGCAUUGGACACACUUGGAGGGAGUUAAUGUAAGAGAAUGUACUUUGUGUGGUUUGAAGUUGAAAAUGGCUGGGUCCCAAGGACUGUGUUCAACAAUUUAUGACUAUGCUAUAUCGGUGCUGUCUAUCUGGAGGUUUACCCACAGGAUGAGUGUGGGAGUGAACUGUCAAAAUGUAAAGUUUCACAAUGCAGUAUAGUGCGAAGAGUAAGCAUACAGCAGCACUGCUGUUUCAGCUCAGUCGGUGCGAAAAGAUUUUAAUGUUCAGUAAGGUUGUGUGGACAGCAUACUAUUUAUCUACAGUAUGGGCUGAGGCAUUCAGCUUCAGUCUGUUUGUAUUGCUUCUUACUGAGCAAAUGGGUCUGACAUCCAGAAUCAGUGGCCGUAGACUUGGGCUACGGAGAUUCAAGGGGAAAUAUUUUCAUUGGGGAUUUAGAUCAGGAACUCCCUGCUUGAAAGGGUGGUGAAGGCAGAAACCCUCCUAACACAUAAAAUAUAAAAACCUAAAGAACUGAGGAUGCUGUAAAUCACACAAAAACAGAAGUUGAUGGAAAAGCUCAGCAGGUCUAGCAGCAUCUGUGAAGAGAAAUCAAAGUUAACGUUUUGGGUCGAGUGACCGUCUCUCAGAAGGGUCUGAUUUACAGUUAAAAUAUGUUUGGAAAUGCCCUUGAGGUGCUUUAACCAAUUAGGGCUCCUGACCCAUGGCAGGAUCAGGCUGAUGGCUGCCUUUGGCUCAGUUGGACUGAAACCAACUCCCCACCAAUUCGUAGGUUUUUGUAAUUCAUACUCCCCCUGUCUCCUGUUGCCUACCGUUUCCUUCACCCCAUCCUCCAAUCUAAUUUUGAACACUCUUAGGUGUGAGCUGUAGCCCCUAGGAGUGAAUGCCCCAGCUGUGCGGUAUUCUGGCCAGAAGUGUCUGUUGUCUUCUCACCCGAUUCUCUUAGGGGUGCGAGUGUGAGAUAAAGUCUUAUUAUUGGAACAAACUUGGCAACUCUGCCCCAUACUUUGUCCUAUCACUCUGUGACCUCCAUGUCUAACAAGAAAUCCCAAUGUUGUAGACCUUGUAUUGACAUUUCCUCAGAACUAAUAUCCUAAUGUCCAGUGCUGUCCACUCUCUGAAACAUCAAUAUCUUUCCUGUAGCUCCCUACGGAACAUUUGUUUCACUUGAUUCUUAAGUUUUUAUAUGAACUCCUCAUUACCUCUUGAAUUUUAUAGUCUAUUUAUUCACUGGGUGCUGGUCUUAUUUGUAGUGCCUCUGAAUUUGAGCAAUGCUGCAGUUAUCCCAUCACUAACACCCCUGCAGACUCUUAUCUGGACUGGGGAAUCUCUUAUGUUGCUAUUUGUACAUCAUUGUUGGUGAACCCUCCUUCCUUUGUGGUGUAACAUUAUCGUUCAGGUGUUGCAACAGGAAUAUAUCUGAAGAGAGCAAUCCCUGUGAUUAAUUUAGAGACCUUACCGGAAUGCUCUUCAAUUGCAUGUGUUGUGAGCUAACCAGUCUCUGUUGGUCAAUAUCUGGAGAUCCAAGUAAUGUCCCUGAGCUAGAGGGGGCUGAUAAUCCCGCGGAGAUUCCUGUUCCUGAAACCUCUGGCGUGUGUGUGAUAUUGACAGGAGUUAGUUGUAAUGGUGUUCCUCUCUGAGGGUCCCACCGAUGCUCAUCGUGAAACCCCUUGUGAGAAGUAGACGUUAGGCUGAGGGAUUGGGAUGCAUUUUAGUGCUUGCCCCUGAGAGGCUGUUCUUUCAGGUCUGGUUAGCUAGAAUAUUAGCCAAAGUGAUGGCUAGAAAGAGACAGGAUUGAAUCACACCUUGGUAAGUUAUAGCGGCAAUACUGCCUGACCAUUUUCCUUCUCAUUUAGGAGAAGAUCAAUCUUUGUGGAUGAUUUGGAAUUAUUGACUAUUUAUAAAGGUUUAAUGUUCUUAGCUAGGUAACUUAUUUAAAUUAGACUUGUUAUACUCAUUGUGUCCUUUAUAAAAUGUCUAAAAGAGCAAAGGCACUGCAUAUUUCCAGGGAGUUUGAUGUGAGUUUGUCUGAUUCCUGUUGGAUUGGAUUGGAUAUGAGUUGGGAUUGAAUAUAAGGGGGAAGGUUUUAUAAGGUGGGAGCAACAGUUGCAGUGUCUGACUCUUGCAUUGAGGUGUGGUGUUGAGGCUAGGAGUGGUGGGCCUUGUUAAAAAUGACUUUUGGUUAGAAUACAAUCUGGGGAUAUUGGCAUCUGUGAAACUAAGUAAUUGAAACAUCAUGCAAUGAAAUUCCCCAGUGCUGCUGUCAUUUCCAGCAGUGUUUCCAAAGGAAUUGUGUCAGAAAACCUUGUGCACAAACAAAGGUAACAAAGUGUGAAGCUGGAUGAACACAG